AUGGAUUUCGAUACCGUAAAAUUCAUAAAUGAAGUCCAGAAACGCCCAUCAAUUUGGAAUACAAAAUGCUCAGAGUAUUCUGAUAGAAAGUCAAAACAAACAGCUUGGGAAGAAUUGAUGAAUGUUUAUGGCGCUGAAUUACCAACGAAAGAAAAGAAACAACUCGGUUUGAAUCUUCAGAAAAAAUGGCGAAACAUACGUGACUGUUUUGUAAAGGCCCAUCGAGCGAAAGAGACAAAGCAUGGGUCUGCGGUCAAAAAGAAAAAUCCGUAUAUAUUCUACGACAAUCUUUUAUUUUUAAAAGAUACAGUAUAUUUUAAGACCACGUCCUCUAAUGUGACUAUAGUAAAGGAAGAUGUAACUAAAUCUACUGAAAAUGACGACACCCUUUCGUCAAACACGUCAUCAUGUGUACAAAAGAGAAGUAAGAAAAAUAAAAAUAAAAAUCGUGUCGGUAGAGAAUUAAUCGGGGUCUUAAAUAGAAAUUUAGAAAGAAAAAAUUUUGAAGAUGAUGAGGAUCGACUGUUCUUCUUGUCACUGGUGAAAGAAUUUAAGAAAAUACCUGAUCACAUGCGAAUUCAAACUAAGUUAGAAAUUUUAAGGGUUAUUAAAGACGGACAGUUUUCUGAGUAUCCAGAAGCAUCAUGGGAUUAUUCAAAACCAAACACAUAUUGUGGAUAUCAAAAGGCACAUUAUUCAGGAAGUAAAGUGCUUUCUCAAGGAGCUAUAGGGAGUCCGAUGGAAGUACAUUCGCCAUCAUCGGUGGAUUCAUCUGAAAGCUAA